CGCCUCAGGCCGGCGGCGUCCCGGCCCCGCAAGGCCGCGCCCGAGCGAGCCGCCACCAUGUCUGCCGGUAGCAGGCGGUGGCCGGUUUGUUUGCUGGUGGCCACCUGCGUAGUGGCCGGGCCCCCCCCGAGUCAGGAGUGCUCCGUGGAGAAACUGGAAAACGCCAUCAUCGAUAUAAACUUAUCUCUGCCCAAAGGCGUCAGGGGCGCGGAGCCGUUGUACGCCCCAAGCCCAGGGGCUUGCGGUCGCGCUUGCUGCUCGGGGGAAAAGCUCUCAGGAGACAAGAAGUGUAAUUUGAUGAUUUUUGAUGCUCAAAGGACAAGCACACAUCCAAACUGCUACCUGUUUUACUGCCCUAGCGCAGAGGCUUGUCCGAUGAAACCCGCAACAGGACUUGUGAGCUACAGAAUAACUAGAGACAGCCGUGCCCCAGAGGAUAUAUCCUUCCACAGUGAGAACUUCUCUUCAAGUGGGUAUUCUCUGUCUUCAGAUGCUGGAGCAUUUCUUUCUCACAGUCAGACUAGCCAUCAGAAUCAUACCGCUGCUUUGCAACAACCUGUCUUUCAUCAGGCAUCUGAAGUCCUGAACCAUGUGGGCAAGCAUUUAGACAACACUGAGUUUCAUACAGUUUUUCCUGAAUCCCAAAGGGCAAAACAUCCUGAGAGCUUAGACCCCGUCCCAAGGCAGAAAGUAAUUAACCUGCCAUCAAAUACAUCUUCUGCCAUUGGAAUUGGAAACCCCUCUGCUUUGUUCCCUCAGUCUAGCACUCCUGAACCCAGCAAUACUACUCUUACUCCUCUGCCUACAAGUACCACCCGACUGGCAUCUCGUACAACCUUCCUGCAUCCUGGUGGUGCUAAACCUGCUACUGUCACCACCACCUUUGCACCGACCGUGACCGCUGGAGCUAAACCCACUAUCCCUGCCACCAGCAUUGCUGUUACACAUGUUCCUCUUUCCAGUCCUGCAACUUCUGCACCUACAACCAAGUGGGCGACCACAAAUUCCAGAUCUGUUGCCACCCCAUCAGGGCUGAGAACUCCAGCCAUCUCUCCUGAGCCAGCAGUUGUCUCUUCCAACAAUACCAGCCAUGUUACCCCCCUCUCUUUUGCAGAGUUCACUCUAUCUACUCGUGAUUCCCCCACAGCUUCCCAAACCAACUCUCAGGGUUAUGACCCCUCUGAUUCAGAAAGCUACCUGCCAGAAAGUGUUCUGAGAGGGAAAGGUGUCAUUCAGCUGGGAGAAAAAAGCAGCCUUGUAGCAGCUUUGCUUUUCGGGGUGAUAUUCUUGUUGUUAGUUAUUGCACUGACAGGGAAGAAAAUACACGAGUCUCUUCAGAAGAGGCAUUAUACCAGGCUGGAUUACUUGAUCAAUGGAAUGUAUGCUGAUGUAUGAUGAGGUGGAGGAAUAAGACUGAGGAGCAUCUCUCAUCUGUGAGAGGACAACUCUGAAACAGAACAGUAGAUAGUGAAUUUGCAGAAGAGGAUGGAUUCCUCUGGCCACUAAUGGGAAGGUGGCAGAUGGUUUGGUGGGGAAAAAAACCUGCUCCUUCUAUGCUGAACUAUAAUAUCUGUCAUUUUUGAUUUAUUACUAAAUCCUGAAAAUAAACACUGAAAUCAAAGUUAAGCUAAGAAGGUCUCACAUUUAAGGAGAAAAAGCAUUUCAAGAGCUUAAUCUAUACUGUGACAAGAUCAGUGGAACAGAAGUACACCUAAUAAAUUGAAUACCUGUGCAGUGUGUGAGCAUUUUUAGUGCUGUUUGCACCAAAUGCCAUAGUGUUAUGCAAUCGUCUGGCAAUCCCAUUUACUCUAUUUAUAGCCUUAAAGGAGUACUUAAUCGUAGAGCUUUGAGUCUAAGUGGCUUUAGGUACAAACAGGAAAAAUUGUAGUACACAUAGCUUAAUUUUCCUUAGCUAUGUAUAGUUUACGGAUAUAUGUGUAUCUUUAAUGGAUUUUUCUUCAUACAUCACAAGCUAUCUUUAAAACCACAUGCUGCAAAUCUGAGUUUGCCUUUUCCAAAGAGCUUGCCACCCUAUUACAUAGAGAAUUUUUGCAAUAUGUACCAGAGAGGAGGAGUUUUUAUCGUAUCAAAGCAAAGUAAGCUGCGAUCAGGCUCUUUUGUAACAGAAUGCAUGACUGAGGGACUUGGCGUAUGCACGAGAGAGAAUCUGUACAAAUACACCAAAAUCCCCAAUAGUUGAGACUCAACACCUCAUCUCAGAGCAGGCAGAGACUUGUGAGGGGGCUUAGCAAAGACAACAGCUGUAUUAUUUGCAGAGGACACAGAAAAGUGUGUUGUCCGUUUGCUGAACAUCUAAAGGGAGGUAAAAAAGUUUUGAAGGAAAAUGGUGGCUAUGCUGUAGGAGAGUCCUAAUCUCAAAGAUGUUUCCUACAGUCAGCAGGAGCUUCUGGUGUUCUAGUUCCCUCACCAGGCUGGUGCUCACCAAAGACCUGCUUGCAACAGUGCUGGACUUGCUGUCCCUCCUGAGCACGCAGAGUUCUGGCCGGCUCUCAGAGCACACCCUCUUUCUUCACUUCUAGGGGCACCUUCUUGGGACUGGUAAUAACCACAGCUGCUCCAUGUGCUCCCCCGACACCACCACAGCAAGAGAGGAGGGGGAGGACGUGUGAGCAACUACCCAGCUGCCAGUUUGUGUUACUCACAUUUCCCUUCACGUAGACCCAGUCUAAACCUGUUUUUAGAAUGAAAGACUAGAUUUCAAAGUAUCCGUGUGGCAGGCAGUGUAAUCAACAACAAACAUCAAGACAGAGAAGGAAGGGUGCCUCAUGAAAUAAUUCUACUACAAAAAAUGAAACGUGACUCACAUCCGAGAGCUUCUUAGAUCUGUCAAGCUUGGUGUGGUGGGAAGCAGGCGUGAUCCAAAAAUGGCCUCAAGGCAAGUUUUGUGAGAGCUCUUAACAAUAACUUUAUGCAGAAAAUUCUCUGAAAAUGCCAUUAUUCAAAGAUCAAAUAGAAGUCAGUGUUCCUUAUGUCAAGAAGUUGAAUUCUUACCGUAUAGGGACUGCAAACUGCUUUAUAGAUACAAAACCAGCUAGUCUUCUACGUUGCUUAAACCUGACAAUGCUUAAAUGAAAAACAUUCUGGAUAAUCUCUUAAAAGUGAACAAAAUUACAAAAGAAAAGUGUCUCAAGUUCAUCAGCUUACCUGUUGACUGCACUUUGUUUAACCUCAGGUUUGGGGAUUUUUUAAUAGCUAUUUUCAAAGGGUUUUGGUCAAGGAACGUGACGAGGAGGAACAACAUUUCUGGGAAAUGAGUUAGCAAAAUGAUAAGUACUCGGCCCAGUUGUGGACUGUAAAAAUGCAGGCACAGAUCUGAGGUUGACCAGAAUUUUCUCUCAAAAGAACUAAACUCUGUGCGAAGCCUUCAGCGUUGCUCCUGCUGUCAUGGCAGGUUAUUGCAGGAGAGGUGCUAAGAACAACUGUGUGCUUCUGCCGUAAUAUUCAUUCAUUGAUAUUCAUAUUGAUUGAUAUUGAUACGGUGCAGUACAGGAGAGAUACAUUCAAGAGAAGGCAGGCAGACAUAUCUCGGGGCCGUUCAGAGCUCUGGGCAUGUUUUUGGCUAAUAUCGUUAGAAAUAUCACCCUCCAACCCAAACAGCAAUGUGUAUCAAGCACAGUGAACAGCAGAAGUAAAGCAGAGAGGCAACCAGGUACCAUGACUUAAUUUGGUAAGGAUGCCAAACUGAGUAGCCUUUCACAAGUUUUGAGUGAAACAAACAACUUUA